UCCCGGCUCCCGUCUGUGCUUCCGGUGGCGAUGGCUGCGGCAGUGUCUGGGAUGCUGCGAGGGGGUCUCCUGCCCCGGGCGGGUCGGCUGCCCACCCUCCAGACUAUCCGCUGUGGCUCUAAGGCUGUUACCCGCCAUCGUCGUGUGAUGCACUUCCAGCGGCAGAAGCUGAUGGCUGUGACUGAGUAUAUCCCCCCAAAACCCGCUAUCAACCCAAGAUGCCUACCGUGUCCUCCCAGUCCCCCACCAGAGGAGACAGGCCUGAUCCGCCUCCUCCGUCGGGAGAUAGACACGGUUUUCCGAGAGAACCGAAUGAUAGCUGUCUGCCAGAAUGUGGCUCUGAGCGCAGAGGACAAGCUGCUCAUACGGCACCGGCUGCGGAAGCACAAGAUCCUGUUGAAGGUCUUCCCCAACCAGGUUCUGAAGCCCUUUCUAGAGGAUUCCAAGUACCAGAACCUGCUGCCCCUCUUUGUGGGGCACAACUUCCUGCUGGUCAGCGAGGAGCCCAAGGUCAAGGAGAUGGUACGAGUCUUGAAGAGUGUGCCCUUCUUGCCACUGCUAGGUGGCUGCAUCGAUGAUGCCAUCCUCAGCAGACAAGGCUUCAUCAACUAUUCCCAGCUUCCCAGCCUGGCCCUGGUACAGGGCGAGCUGGUAGGAGGGCUCACCUUCCGCAUGGCCCAGACCCACCUCUUGCUUCAGCACCAGUCCUUCCAGCUGACGGCCCUCCUGGACCAGUACAUCAGAGAGCAACAGGCGGGGGACUCUGUGGCGCUGGCCGGCGGGCAGCCCACUUCUCCUGACCCUAUUCCGAACUCCUAGUCAGCCUGUUGUACCCGGCCCACCCAUAAACACACUCUGCCCCGUGGGCCGCGCCCUCAUCCAUCAGAGAUGUGGAAGCACUUGGGGUGGGGAGUGGCGUUUGUGACCUGACUUCGCUGAGCCCGACUUCCCAGACACAGGGCUACGCGGGGAUGCAGAGACACCCCAUUUCCAAAUAGAGGCUCUGAAUCACUGUCUUUGUCUCCAGUGUUCCCACUCUGGGACCUAACAGGAACAGGCUUUCGGCUCUCCGGGCCCUGGGCAGAGAAGCUGAACAGACAAGGAAGUUGCACUCUGCCUCCAUGUCACUGUCCCUUGCUGCACGUAUCUCCUGGCCUGU